AUGUCGACUUUCCUAUGCGAAGAGGCGGAGGUGGUGGAAAGUCCAAGGCCAAUCAUUUUCCUUUAUGAAGACCUUGUCCAAGAAUUGGAAAUUCCGAUGAAUCCAUUACAUGAAUCAGUUACUCCACCGAAAGGGAAAAGCAGUGAUGGCGCGAAAGAAGAACAUAAAAAUAGUUCCCAUGGAUGUGAAGAGAGCAGUCCCUUUUUAUUGACAGAGAGAGAAAACAGACCGGAAGAGGAGGAAAAAAAUAAUGGAUAUUUAAUUAACACAGAUAUAUUAAAUGAUACUGUGUGUACUUCUCGUGGAAGGUAUGCAUUUGAAAGGGAGAAAGAUUCCAAGGUAGUAACUCAUAAGGAAGACGAACUACUACAUCAUUCAAGAAAUAACGAUAUGCUUGCUAAUGUGUGUAUUCAUAAAUCGCCCAUGAUGGGAGAAGUAUCAAAUGAAAGCAUUUUCCCGACAGAAGAAAGUGAGGAUGUAGACCCAUACACAAGGGAAGAAGAGGUGAGAAGGAACAUGGCUGAAGGUAUCCGUGGCAUUAUUUUCACAUGUGAUAGUGGAGAUUCGAGCGGGAGUUUUAUUGAAGGGAAUGAAGAAGAUUCUUUGGAAAAAGGGAAGAUGCAUAUGAUUCGUUCGAAUUGUGAAUCAUCCUCCCCUGGUGGAUAUCCAAAUGUAGCAAAUAGUACCUGUUCAUCUGGAUCUAGAAGUAUAUAUCCAUGUAGAAAAAGCUUCGACGGAAAAACUGCGGAGGAGGAGAAAGAGGCGCUUGUGCAUCCACCGGAGGAGAUAACAUCUACCAGCUCGUCUGCCUCUCCGAUCGCACUAAGGGAAAAUGUGGGGGCUAUCCAUCCGAAUGAACGGAAAAUAAAUCACGAUAAAUACAAAACAUAUGACUCGUCCUCUGAUAACUUCGCAGACUUAAACCUAUCCGACAGUUCGGUCGGUUCUACAAAGGAAGUGGAGCCUCCGCUGUCAGGGGGUAGUAAGCAGUUGUUUAAAAUGGAGGACCAGAAAAACGAACAUUCAUCAGAUGCAACACAGGAUUGGCUUAAGAAGUGGCAACAUUAUUUUCAUCACGAUAACAUAGGCAAAGAAUUUGUCUCUCAAAAGUUGAAAAAAUUACCUAGGGAGUACUACCUUGCGGAUGACAAACGGAAAUCUGAAUCCGUACGCAAUGAAAAUGACCAUCUAAUUAGCAACCCCCCUGUUCAAAUCUCAAAAGGGGUAAACGCUAAAAAUAAGAACACCAAUAUUUACAAUGAACAAAUGAAGGAGACACCUUCCGGCUGUUCACAGGGGAGAGCGCUUUAUUACAACCCUAUGAUGGAAAAAAAAAAAAAAAAAAAAAAAAAAGUUAGACAAAAUAUAUCAAUUGUUCAAGAUACACAAAGUACAGCACACACAGAGUGUUGUGAUUAUGUCAAUUCUCGAGAAAUGAUUAGGGACGAAAGUGGAAAUAGCUACUCCAUGGGAACCUUGAAAUAUGAGGACUCAUCCCCAAGUAGUUACAUGAGGAAGAUCUGCAUUUGCAAUGACAGGAAUAGAAAAAAAAUGAAUUCCAUUUGUGAUGGUAGAAGUUGUCACAUACGCAAUUGUAAUCAAUGCAGAUUGUAUAACCUGUUCAGGCGAAAUAACAGAGCACUGUCGGAGAUUUAUUUUACCGUUAGUCCAAACUCAUGCAGGAAUGAGUUUCACAGGAGAAGUAGGAAUGACUUAGAGAAGGAAAAAAUUGUGUCAAGUGGUGAGGAAGGACAGCGGCGAUGUUGUCUCCAUCCGACAGAUGAAUCACUUUGUAAUGAUGAAAGAUGGGGUCCCGCAUGGGAUUGCAAAUAUAUGAACCGUAGAAACAUAUGUUCAGGGAGGAAUCUGUACAGUUAUCCCCGGAGCAAUGACGACAGGGGUGACUGUAAAAACUGCAAUGAUGAUGAAACGAACAUACAGGAAAGUAUAUCCGUGUUGGAUGAGAAAUAUGCCUCCAUAGACGGGAGUACAGAGACGAUACAAAACGGUCUAAGGUGCGGAGGGCAGAUGCAUGCCACCAAGAUGAAUCUCCCCAUUCGAAUUCCAUAUGACGAUUCUAUAUGCUCACGGAAGGACACCAACAUGUACCCCUUUGGAUACGCUGCACACAGUGGGAUAUGCAGCAACUGCUUCGAAAGAAGGUUAGCUCAAGUGAGUUCAUCUCAAGGGAGGGCAAGUUGCAGUUGGUUAAAAUUUGUUCAUUCGAUUGGUCGUUCGAUUGGUCGUUCGUAUGGUGUUUUUCCCCCCUGCGCCACGUGUACCACUGAUUCUGACCUAGCCCUUUCGGCACUGUUUCCGAAGGAAAUUCCCUCCGACCAUGUGCGAGUGAACGUGGAGACACCCUUUUGUGCCUUCUCUGCGCAAGGCAAUGAGGUAUACGAAGGGUGGAUGCACCACAGGUGCGGUUGCCGUGGUUGCCGUGGUUGCCGUGGUUGCCGUGGUUGCCGUGGUUGCCGUGGUUGCCGUGGUUGCCGUGGUUGCCGUGGUUGCCGUGGUUGCCGGUGCGAUAGGCCCCUUUGUGACGACCGCUCAUAUGACAAGAUGUGCAAAAUUGUGAAUUCUCGGAACGUGGUGAACAAGGAGCUCUCGUCGAACUACGCAGACAUGCAUACGAACUCCGAGUGGGUGCGCAGGAGCCUCUUCCAUUGCGUUGAUGGAAGUGGUGAUAGCAAGACACAGAAAGAGAAUCGAAAACAGAAAGAGGUUAGAAGCUUAAACGCUGAAGCAGACAAGUGGAAUGAUGUACCAUCUGGCCAAGAGGAUCCUACGAGGGAUGAGGGAAUAACGGUCCAAAUAGUCGCACCUGGAAAAAGGAGCCACCUGUUUUGCGAGGCUAACAAGUUUGGGAACUCCAAUGGGAGCGAAAAGAAUUGCAAAGUACAUCAUCCAUCGAGUAAGGAUGAAGAAAUUUGCGUCUUCCCUCAGGAAGAGAAAAAUAGCCUAGAAGGAAUCACCAUGGACAGCACUUGCAGUGUGAGAAGUAAAGAUCAUAACGUUGAUAGGUACAUCCAGGAGAGUAGCAGAGACUGCCAUUGUGAGGGAAGUGCAGAGAGAAGGAACCCGAACGACGCGCCGCUUGAUCGGAAGAGGAAAAACAAAGAGGAAAGCAGAAGCCAAAAAGGAAUUAUUGGGACAAAAAAUCAGAAAAGAAAAAAAAAAAAAAAAAAAAUGCUCAAUGUGCAAAAAUACUACGAAAGCAAUUCUACUAACUUGUUCUGGAGUGACCUUCGAAAUUCGAACAUGCCGCAGUUGACCCAGGUGGGACAGUUGACGCAGGUGGGGCAUUUGACGCAGGUGGGACAGAUGACGCAAGUAGAACAGAUGACACAAGUAGAACAGAUGACUGAGGUGGCGGAGCUUACUCGUACCACACACACAGGAGGAGCUAGGCGAGACGAUACGCCGACCAUUCAGGAGAACAACUCUCAUGAUAACGUAAAAUUACAAAGUAGGCAUAUAAAAAAGUACCAACUACGGACCAAGAAAAGAGUUAAAUAUGCUUGGCCAUCUGUAAUUAAGAAGCUACGGAGAGACGACUCGCGCUUAGUGUAUGAUCCUUUUUUGUACAAUAGCACUUGGCGGAUAAAAAAGGCUUGA